AAUAUAAAUAAUUAAGUUAAAAGAGAAUUCUGAAAAUUCUCUUUCUUCAUCAUAGGAUUACCGUUUCAGAAUCAACUUGGCAGGUUUUGACUUUGGAAUCAGAAGUUGCAAUCAGUAGAACUGCUUAAGCAAUAUUUCAACCUUGCAAAUUGUUCUUCCCCACUCCCACUACACCCACCUAAAAGUGUUUCUGACUCUGCUACUUUUCUUCUCUUCAAUCCUGUGUCUCUUGAGUGUACAACUUUGUUUCUGGGUGUCAGUGCACUUUUCUGAACUUUUAAUAUUGUCACAACCACCCCCAACAUGUUUGAUUUAGAACAAUUAAUAUGCCUGUCCAGAACCAACCUCAUGUUUCGUAUUUUAUAAUUACUAUAUGAGUCUCUCUCUUUUUUUUUUCCCUCUUAUUUCUUUAUAUGCAGAUCAUUUAAACAAGCAACAUGAAUGUAGCUAAAUUGCAUAGUUCUUCAAUUGUUACAAUUUAAUUGGCACUAUGUCUUUCAUGAGAAUCAUUUUCCUUGCUUUUCAUAUACUUGCCCAUCUUUCUGAAAUUUCCUUAGCAGUUGACUCCAUUUCUCAGUCCCUUUCCCUAAGUGAUGAUGGCAAAACCUUAGUUUCCAAAGGUGGAACCUUUGAACUAGGAUUCUUCACCCCAGGAAAUUCCCAGAAACGUUACCUGGGGAUUUGGUACAAGAAAAUCCCAAUUCAAACAGUGGUUUGGGUUGCAAACCGGGUCAACCCAAUCAAUGAUUCAUCUGGAAUCUUAAGAUUAAACAUCAGUGGGAACCUUGUCCUCACCCAGAAUGACACUGUUGUUUGGUCUACUACAACAACAUCUCUGAGAAAACCAGUGAGUCCUGUAGCCAUGCUCUUAGAUUCUGGCAAUCUUGUGGUAAGAGAUGAGAAAGAAGCAAAGACUGAAGCAUACUUGUGGCAGAGCUUUGAUUAUCCAACUGAUACUUUCUUACCAGAUAUGAAGUUUGGUUGGGAUUUGAGAACUGGUCUUAAUAGGAAUAUAACAGCUUGGAAGAGUCCUGAUGAUCCAUCUCCUGGAGAUUUCUCUUUUGGUAUGGUGCUAAAUAACUAUCCUGAUGCAUAUAUGAUGAAGGGUAACAAAAAGUUCUACCGAAGUGGACCAUGGAAUGGCCUACAUUCAAGUGGUUCACCACAGGUAAGGGACAACCCCAUUUAUGACUACAAGUUUGUUUUCAAUAAGGAUGAACUUUACUACACAUAUACCCUCAAGAACUCAUCUAUGAUCUCAAGAUUAGUAUUGAAUGGAACAAACUAUGUUCGUAGACGGUAUGUGUGGAUUGAAUUAACACAAAGAUGGGAGGUUUACACAUCAGUGCCAUUGGACUUAUGUGACACUUAUGCCCUUUGUGGAGCUUAUGCAAAUUGUGUUAUUUCUGAUUCACCAGUGUGCCAAUGUCUGGAAGGGUUCAAGCCUACGUCACCUCAAGCAUGGUACUCAAUGGACUGGUCUCAAGGAUGUGUCCGCAAUAAGCCAUUAAGUUGCAAGGACAAGCGUAAAGAUGGAUUUAUCAAAUUGAGUGGCCUUAAAGCGCCUGAUACUACACAUACUUGGCUGGAUCAAACAAUUGGUUUAGAGGAAUGCAGAACCAAGUGUUUGGAUAACUGUUCUUGUAUGGCAUAUGCAAAUUCAGAUGUCAGUGGACAAGGGAGUGGCUGUGCCAUGUGGUUUGGCAAUCUAAUUGACAUGAGACAGUUUGCAUCUGGAGGACAGGACCUAUAUCUUCGAAUGGAUGCUUCAGAAUUAGAACAUGUCAGUCAUGGCCACAAGAAGGAGGGAGUCCUAGUUGCUGUGACAGUUUCUCUGGCCGUGGCAGCAGUUUCUGGUAUACUCAUACUUGGUUGGUGUUAUAGACAAAAGUCACGCUCCAAUGUAAAAGAGAAAUUAGACUUCAAUAUCAAAGAAGAACAAAACAGUAGAAUGCAAGUGGAUGAUAUGGAUCUACCAGUCUUUGACUUGUCAACAAUUGCUAAGGCCACUAGCAACUUUACAAUCAAGAACAAAAUUGGCGAAGGAGGUUUUGGACCUGUAUACAGGGGAACUCUAGCAGAUGGACUGGAAAUUGCUGUGAAGAGGCUUUCUACAAGCUCAGGACAAGGAUUGACUGAGUUCAAGAAUGAAGUAAAAUUGAUUGCAAAACUUCAACACCGCAAUCUUGUAAAGCUUCUUGGAUGUUGCCUUGAAGAAGAAGAAAAAAUGCUGGUUUAUGAAUACAUGCCUAACAGUAGCCUUGAUUCCUUUAUUUUUGAUCAACAUAGAAGUGGAUUACUUGACUGGUCAAAGCGCUUCCACAUUAUAUGUGGAAUUGCCAAGGGCCUUCUCUAUCUUCAUCAAGAUUCCAGACUCAGGAUUAUUCACAGAGAUCUCAAAGCAAGUAAUGUUUUACUUGAUAGUGAGUUGAAUCCAAAAAUUUCAGAUUUUGGCAUGGCUAGAAUUUUUGGAACAGAUCAGAAAGAAGGAAACACAAGGAGAAUAGUGGGGACUUAUGGUUACAUGGCACCAGAAUAUGCAACUGAUGGGCUAUUUUCAGUAAAAUCUGAUGUUUUCAGCUUUGGAGUUUUGUUGCUAGAGAUCAUAUCUGGGAAGAGAAGUAGAGGAUAUUAUAGUCAGAACCACAACCAUAAUCUCAUUGGCCAUGCAUGGAAACUCUGGAAAGAAGGAAGACCACUAGAACUGUCUGAUACAAGCCUAGAAGACUCUUGUUUUCUAUCACAAAUAUUGCAUUGUUUUCAUGUUAGUCUCUUGUGUGUUCAGCAGCAUCCAGAGGAUAGGCCUGGAAUGUCAUGUGUGAUCCUAAUGUUAGCUAGUGAGUUUGAAUUGCCUGAGCCCAAACAGCCAGGAUUCUUUGGAAAAGAUUCGGGAGAAGCAGAUUCCUCCACAAGUAAGCAGCAACUGAGUUCAACAAAUGAAAUAACCAUUACCCUCUUAGAAGCCCGAUGAUAUUCCUUUGCUAAGCACAAUCCAUGUUGUAUAUAAAUGUAGAUUAUUGUAUUAGAAAUUAACUCAAGGUCAAGGACUAUAUUCUCUCACUCUUUUUCUCCCUUCCU